AUGUCUUCUCGUAGGGUGGUAAUAACAGGUUUAGGCUUAGUUACACCCUUAUCAACUGGCGUAAAGUCAUCAUGGAAAAAAUUAAUCAAUAGUGAAAGUGGUAUAAUAUCUCUAAAAUCAAAUAAUAUUACCAGUAAAACUGGUGUUAAUCAAAAUAUCCCUGAAGAAAAAAAGGAGGGGAAAUUUAAUGAGUUAUCAUCGACUGUUGCCGGUACUGUAAAACCAGGAAAAUACGUUGAUGGGGGUUUUGAUCCAAAAGAGUGGUUAGAUCCUGGAGAUGAAAGAAAAAUGGCAUUGUUUACUCAAUACGCAAUUUGCGCAGCAAAACAAGCUUUGAAUGAUGCUGAAUGGACACCGGUAUCAGAUCUUGAAAAAGAGCGAACUGGGGUGUGCAUAGGAUCAGGAAUCGGAAGCCUAGAAGAUGUUAUCUCAAAUACUAUGGCAUUUGAGAAUUAUGGUCUUAAGAAGGUGAGUCCGAUGUUUGUACCAAAAAUAUUGAUAAACAUGGCCGCAGGUCACUUAACGAUGAAGUAUGGAUUUCGCGGACCAAAUCACGCAGUAUCUACAGCAUGUACAACUGGGGCACAUGCUAUUGGCGACGCAAGCAGAUUUAUUCAAUUCGGAGAUGCGGAUGUUAUGAUUGCCGGUGGAUCCGAAGCUAGUAUAUUACCUUUAACUAUUGCAGGGGCAAAAUCAUUAGCAACCAAGUACAAUGACAAGCCGGAAGAAGCUUCAAGACCAUUUGAUAGAGAUCGAGAUGGAUUUGCCAUCAGUGAAGGUGCUGGAGUCGUUGUACUUGAGGAAUAUAAUCAUGCAAAAAGCAGAGGUGCACACAUGUAUGCCGAAAUUCGAGGUUAUGGGUUAUCAGGUGAUGCAUAUCAUAUGACAGCUCCAUUAGAAAAUGGUGCUGGUGCUGAAUUAGCUAUGCGGAGGGCAUUAAAUAAUGCUAAAUUAUCUCCAAGGGACAUUGAUUAUAUUAAUGCCCAUGCUACAUCAACCAUAUUAGGAGAUAUUGCUGAAAAUCGGGCAAUCAAGUCAAUUUUUGAAACUUCAGGCGCACCUCAUAAAUUAGCGGUAUCAUCGGUCAAGGGAUCCAUAGGUCAUUUAUUAGGAGCUGCUGGUGCCGUUGAAGCCAUAUUUACUAUUUUGUCAUUAUUUCAUAAUAUUCUUCCACCAACUUUAAACCUUCACAAUCCUGGUGAUCCUGCAUCAGAUUUUUUAUCUUUUAAUUAUGUCCCGUUAAAUGCGCAGCAACAUCCUGGAAUUAGAGCUGCAUUGACCAAUUCAUUUGGAUUUGGAGGAACUAAUGCGUCUUUAUGUUUUACAAAAUGUAAAUAA